AUGAUUUUCAACACAUCGCCAUGCAUCAGCCUCUUGCUCUCUUCGCUCUCCAUACUCGUAUUAGCCAGCCUCGCAUCAUCCACCACAAUCUCUGCUACGCCAACGCAGAGUCUCUUCCCCACGGAAUCCGAUGUCUUGGGUUUCACCUACCAAUCCGACAAUGGCUGGUUCUCCCCCUACCACUGCCCCACCUCCUCCGCCUUCAUCCACGGCAGCCACUUCGGCCGCUGCUGCACCUCCGACACCCGAAUCGACUGUCCGAUCGCCACAACAUGCCUCGAUGGGAGCGUGAUGGUGAACAGCGAUUACCGGCUGACAUGCACAGGCACAGGCGCCCAAACCGCCUGCGUCGUCGGCACGCUGUACCACACGCCCGGCGACCCGUCGCCCAUGUACGUCUACCAGUGCUGGCCGACGUGGACCGACGGCAACUGGAACGCGACGAUUACGGUGCCGGAUCUGCAGGCUAUCGCUACAAGUCCUCCUAGCACCACUGCGGCUGCGACGACGAGCCCCUCGGCGGCGAUCUCCUCGUCUCCAACGACCGAAGUCGUCAAGAUAGUCACGAGCAUCAUCUCCGUCGCCUCGCCCGCCCCGACCCCGUCGGCGACGGCGGCGGCAUCUAGGAAAGGGCUGUCAGGCGGCGCGAUAGCGGGGAUAGUCGUCGGCGUGCUUGUAUUCGCGGCGUUACUGGGCUUGUUGGUAUGGCGCUUGAGACAGCAGCGGAAUGCGCCGCCGGCGGCGCCUGUGCCGGGCAUGCAUCAGCCCAUUCUGCAGGUUCCGUCGGCUGGGGCGCGGGUGCCGGUGGCCCAGCACCUGCUGGUAGAGCGGCAGUCUUUGGAGAGCUUGCGGGAUCCGGUGCAGCCAGUUCAGGGGGACUCGGGCGAUGCACCGCCGAUGCAAGCGCCUAUGUAUCCCCGUUUCCGGAGGACGAUUAGUCUGUAA